AGCGCGCUCACGCGGUCCUGUAGAAGCGAGUGUGAAUGAGGGACGCAGCAUCUCGGCAGGUGUUUGGGUCCUGUCUCUUGGUGUCUACACAUGGCAAAUGGGGGCCCUUACAUGGAGAAAAAGGUGAUGUGGCAAUUGCUACAGAACCUUGCAGACUUAGAUCAUUUUCUGAUCAAAAAGUGUUUAAAGUCACACAGCUCGACAUAGCAGUCAGAGAGCAUCAUGGGAGGAGCAGUGGUGGACGACGGACCUCCCGGGGUGAAGGCACCGGAUGGCGGCUGGGGCUGGGCGGUGUUGGCCGGCGGCUUCGUCAUCACCGGCUUCUCCUACGCCUUCCCCAAGGCCAUCAGCGUCUUCUUCAAGGAGCUGAUCCAAGAGUUCGACGUAGGCUACAGCGACACGGCCUGGAUCUCCUCAAUCCUGCUCGCCAUGCUGUACGGGACUGGCCCUGUGUGCAGCGUGCUGGUGAACAGGUUCGGCUGCCGGCCGGUGAUGAUGGUCGGGGGGCUCUUUGCCUCGCUGGGGAUGAUUCUGUCCUCCUUCGCCACCAGCAUCAUUCACAUCUACAUCUGCACCGGAGUUAUCACAGGUCUGGGUCUGGCGUUAAACUUCCAGCCGUCCCUGAUAAUGCUGAAUCGCUACUUCAGUGAGAAACGCCCUCUCGCCAAUGGUUUGGCAGCGGCGGGCAGCCCUGUGGCGCUGUGCUGUCUCUCCCCACUGGGACAGUUCCUCCAGUACAAGUAUGGUUGGAGGGGGGGGUUCCUCAUCCUGGGAGGCAUACUCCUCAACUGCUGUGCCUGCGGGGCCCUCAUGAGGCCCCUGUUGCCCCCUAAGAAACUGGAGGAAUGCCCUCCCACAGCUGCAGAGGAGAAGAAGCCCCUGCCAAAGAAGAAACUGUUGGACUUCAGUGUGUUCAAGGAGAGGGGCUUCCUCAUCUACACCAUAGCAGCGUCCAUCAUGGUGCUGGGCUUGUUCGUGCCCCCUGUGUUCGUAGUCAGCUAUGCCAAAGGAUUGGGCUACGAGGACACAACCUCUGCACUGCUUCUCACUAUCUUGGGCUUCGUUGACAUGUUUGCUCGGCCCGUGUCGGGGCUCAUAGCGGGCUUGAAGUGGGUGCGGCCCCGAAGCGUCUACCUGUUCAGCUUCGCUAUGAUCUUCAACGGGAUCACCGACAUCAUAGGGUCUCAGGCAAAGGACUAUACGGGUCUGGUGGUCUUCUGUAUCUUCUUUGGUAUGUCCUAUGGCAUGGUGGGGGCGCUGCAGUUCGAGGUCCUCAUGACCAUCGUAGGAACGGAGAGGUUCUCCAGCGCCCUCGGCCUGGUUCUGCUGAUGGAAGCCAUUGCUGUACUGCUGGGACCUCCUGGAGCAGGUCGCCUCUUGGAUGCCACCCAUCAGUACAUGCACGUCUUCCUGUUGGCGGGCUGCGAGGUCACGCUGUCCGCCAUCGUCAUCGCCCUGGGUAACUUCAUCUGCCUCCGCGGAAGAAAGGAGGACCCAGAGGCGAAGAUGGAGAUGGCGGUCACUGCUGCAGAGAAGGAGGGAUUGAACUGUGGGGUGGAGGGCGAGGAAGAUCAUGAAGAUGUAGAGGAGCUGGUGGAAAAGGAGAAGGGAAAAUACAGUGCUCUGAUCACUGGGGAGGAGGUGAUGAUGGUGAAGGAGAUGGGGGAGAACGGAGGAGAGACAACACAUCGCUAAGAAGAACAAGACGAGGGAUGACUGGGGGAUGAAUAAUUAAAAGAAUAAAUAAGUAGAAGUAUAAGGAGAAAUAUAUUCAGAAUAUAUGUGGAAAUAUAAAGACAUGUCAAAAUAUUAAAUCAUUAUAAGCACUUUCA